AUGCUAUGCACUUUCCAAGACCUGCUCACUCAUCGAACCAGCCCUAGAGCAGCAGCUGAUAUCCUUGGCUCACUGGUUUCAACCGAAUGCUCGUCUACGAACGAUGACGCGAGCCUGCUCUGGGGCGCCAUUUGCCACCGUGGCGAGACAUGGCCAGAAGCAGAACUGGGCAUAUUAGCCGACUUGGUUGUAGAGCUCGCGAAGUUGCCAUACGCAUUGCCUGUAUAUCCGAAUGAGGGGGAUGAGCCGGUGCAGGGCUCCAGCUGCUUUACGGCCUUGCCUGGCUUUGGUCAUGAGCUCAUGGGUCAUCUUCAAGGUCCUAAGGUUUAUAGUUUACUCUUCAUGACAUCCGAAGCUCGCAUGGAUGCGAGGUUGAGGACGGAUGAGUCGAUGACAGUCGGCAUUGUCAGUGGUGAUGUCGUCCUCGCUGUCAGAGACCGCUACCGCAACAUCCACACCUUCGCCGCGCUUCUUAGCUAUCACUACAUUCGAGGUUCGCUACCACUCAAGACUAUGGACUUUCGUAGCAUUGACUCCUACCCUAUUAUUGGUGCCCUAGAACACGAAGCCACCCUCGAUGAAGCGACGCAACAUCCCGAUGGCUCUGGUACUAUACCUGACCAAGACUGGGCUGCUUUCAGGUCAUCACAGCCUAGUAUCGAGCUUCUAGCUGCUACACAGUGGCUGUCGCUUAUAGGUCACGAUCUUCACGACAGGCUGAUAGACGCUCCAGCUCCAGCCGGUCUGCUGUGGAAGACACACGACGGCGAGGACAAGAUCACAGUCGAAAGAUAG